AUGACAGUGGAAUCAGAAAAUUCAAGAAAAUUUUUACAGUUACGCUUCAACAACAAAUACAUUGUGCUCGAUUGUCCAACGGAAAUGGCGAAACAAAUACUCAUACAACAUGUGCGCGAUAUAUCGCUAGGACGAAGGACCUAUCAUUAUUUGUUAAGCGGUUUGGCACAGGCCGCCCUCAUGUACGAUGCCGUUUUCGUUCUCGUCGAAGCUUUCAACAAAAUUCUGCGCAAGAAACCCGAUCAAUUCCGCAACAACAUCCAACGUCGAGGUCAACAAACACCUAUGGGGCGGCGGGCACUCGACUGCAACACAUCGAAGGGCUGGGUGAACCCGUGGGAGCAUGGUGAUAAAAUUUCGCGCUAUUUGAGAAAGGUGGAAAUCGAAGGUCUCACCGGCGACAUUAAAUUCAACGAUGACGGCCGACGUGUAAACUACACACUGCAUGUUGUCGAAAUGACUGUCAACAGCGCCAUGGUGAAGGUGGCCGAAUGGAGUGAUGACGGUGGCCUUCAACCGCUCUCCGCCAAGUAUGUGCGGCUGCGGCCACAUGUCGAAAUCGAGAAGAAUCGCACGUACGUCGUAACGACGUUGCUCGAAGGGCCGUACAUCAUGUUGAAGCGUCCCAGUAUGGGUGAACAAUUGGACGGCAAUGACUGCUUCGAGGGUUACUGCAAGGAUUUAGCCGAUUUAUUGGCCAAAAAGUUGGGCAUCAAUUAUGAAUUGCGUCUGGUCAAGGAUGGUACCUACGGUUCAGAGAAUCCAACGGUACGCGGUGGCUGGGAUGGCAUGGUCGGUGAACUGGUGCGACGG